GCGCACAGAAGUUUCCAAGCUGUGGCCGCAGGAGACGAAGGCAUCGAUCGACUCGGCUCUCGGCCUUCCGACUUGUCGGUACUCGAUUGAGGAGUGUGGUAGCGCUACUUCCGGCGUUUGGCUCCGCUUCCGGCUUUCGGUUCCUACGGGAGACGCAUAGGCCUCAGAUUCUCCACUGUCUCUUAGCUGUUUGAAGAGUCUAACCCAAACAUGGAUAUCCGACCAAAUCAUACAAUUUAUAUCAAUAAUAUGAAUGACAAAAUUAAAAAAGAAGAAUUGAAGAGAUCCCUGUAUGCCCUUUUUUCUCAGUUUGGCCAUGUGGUAGAUAUUGUGGCUUUAAAGACCAUGAAGAUGAGGGGGCAGGCCUUCGUUAUAUUUAAGGAAUUGGGCUCAUCCACCAACGCUUUGAGACAGUUACAAGGGUUUCCUUUUUAUGGUAAACCAAUGCGAAUCCAGUAUGCAAAAACAGACUCUGAUAUAAUAUCUAAAAUGCGUGGCACUUUUGCUGACAAAGAGAAGAAAAAAGAAAAGAAAAAAGCCAAGACUGUGGAACAGGCUGCCACAACUGCAAACAAAAAACCUGGCCAGGGAACACCAAAUUCAGCUAAUACCCAAGGAAAUUCAACACCAAAUCCUCAGGUUCCUGAUUACCCUCCAAACUAUAUUUUGUUCCUUAAUAAUUUACCAGAAGAGACUAAUGAGAUGAUGUUAUCCAUGCUGUUUAAUCAGUUCCCUGGCUUCAAGGAAGUACGUUUGGUACCUGGGAGGCACGACAUUGCUUUUGUUGAAUUUGAGAACGAUGGGCAGGCUGGAGCUGCCAGGGAUGCUUUGCAAGGAUUUAAGAUCACACCAUCACAUGCUAUGAAGAUCACCUAUGCCAAGAAAUAACUUUCAGAAGAGUCGUCUAAAAAGGACUUGGUGUUAUUUAUAGUGUUUGUUUUGAUAACAUUUGGUCAGGUCAUUUUAAUAGUUGGAGAUGGAGAGGAAAUGAAAGUGAAAUUUUUGUGAAGGACUUAAACAAAUUAGUCUUUAGCCUUAGUGAAUAAUGAAAUAUGAAUGCCUUAAUUUUGUACAAUAAACUUUUUUGUAUUCUGUGA